AUGGCUUCCGGUAAUUUGGAUAAUUCGAACGACUCUCCCGACGAAUCAAAUGAUAGUUCUAUGCAAUUCUUUCUUAAAGCGUUAGACUUUCCUGAAGAUACGGCAAGUUCUAGUGAUCCUCAAACUCGCCGGUAUACGGACCGGCGUCGGGAAAUUGGUCUUGUCACUCUUAUGAACGAUUGGUUCGUUCCAGAACCAAAAUACGAAGACGAUUACUUUCGUUACGAUGCAAGAAAAAGAAAAAGUUUUACGGCGAUACAGAAAUGCACAUCCGCCGUUAGGCAACUCGCGACGGGUAACACGCCAGACGAGUACGACGAGUAUUUAUGCAUGGCAGCCAGAACCGCACGCGAGACUCUUGAUUAUUUUUGUGAAGCCAUCAUUCGGUUGUAUAGCCGAGAGUACCUGCGCAGACCGACGUCACACGACGUUGCGCGCAUCUUCGGGGCCCACGAGCUUCGACAUCAUAUGCCCGGGAUGCUUGAUAGCAUCGAUUGCACACAUGUCGAGUGGUCGGCAUGUCCUAGACGUUUGAGAGGGCAAUACACGAGGGGUGACCACAACGGUCCAACUAUUAUGCUUGAAAUCAUCGCGUCACAAGAUUUGUGGAUUUGA